AUGCAUUUCGUUUAUUUCUUCUUCCUCUUCCAAUUGAGCAAUAUUCAAACUAUCGAAGCGCAAACGGACCAAACAGAACCGUUGGAUUUAUCAAUAUCAAAAGUGAAAGAGAAAGGAGAUGGAUCACAAGGCUUAUCAAUGGAAAGAGAGGAUGAAGAAGAGAUUGGAUUGCAAGUGUUUCAAACAAAACCCCUAGAUUUAUCAGCUCCAAGAAUGGAAAAGGAAGGAGAUGAAUCGCAAGGCUUAUCAGUGGAGGGAGUGAGUGAUAAACGAAUUGAAUCGCGGCGUCAGCUCGUUCCAAUCGAAACACUGGUGGAAGUAGUAGAACUAUCGAAGCAAGAAGAAAAGACCAGAAAGAAGCAGCUUUGCAAUAUGUGUGGGAAGGAAGUAAUAAAUAUGAAAGAACAUAUGAUGACCCAUACCGGUAAGAAGCUGUACAGUUGUCCCACAUGCGGAAAGGAUUUCGCUCGCUCCAGUAGUAUGAAAAGGCAUAUGAUUGUUCAUACCGGUGAGAAACGGCACAGCUGCCCGAUAUGCAAAAUGAAUUUCACUCAGUCCUUCAGUAUGAAAAAACAUAUGUUGAUUCAUACCGGUGAGAAACCGUACAGUUGUUUAAUAUGCAAAAAGAAUUUUACUCAGUUCGCGAAUAUGAAAGUGCAUAUGAUGAUACAUACCGGUGAAAAGCCAUACAGUUGUCUGGUAUGCAAAAAGAAUUUUAUUCAGUUUAAGCACAUGAAAGAACAUAUGAUAAUUCAUACUGGUGAGAAACCGUACAGUUGUCCGGUAUGCAGAAAAAGUUUCGUACGAAAACACAGUUUGCAGUCUCACAUGGCAACUCAUGACAAGAAUAGACCUAUCCAUAACUGCACUGUAUGCAGUAAAGGUUUUUAUAGUAAAUACCGUUUGAAAUCGCACAUGCACAGUCAUUAA